AUGACUGCCCAGUUAAGCUCCAACGGUAGCACCACCCUUUCGUCGAAUGAACUCCAUCCAGUGACCAAACUGUUUGCUGAGUUCACCGCCAACGCCGAGCCUUCGAUCCUUCCACUCACUCUAAUUUCUCGACUGAAGGAAUACUUGUUGGAUUACCUAGGGGUCACGAUUGCUACAUCACAUGACUGGAACAAGCGGAUUCAUCCGGGAUUUGCCGUUCACGACGCUUUCGUCUGUGUAUCUCUCGCUGAAGCUGGCGUCGUGGGGGCGGCUAGAAGCAUUGAGGGCAAGUAUGGAUUUCUGCACAGCUACACUCCGCGAACUGGCCACGAUUUGCCGUCCCUCACGGCUGACCUUGGAGUGCGCUGGGAUUUUUUGGAGACGGUCCUGAAGCCGUAUCCAGCUUGCCGAAUGACGCACGGCCUGAUAGAGGUGGGAGGAAGCAUUGGUCUCCAGAACAAGGGCCGCGAGGUCAAGAAGAUGACCAUUUCUCUGAGCUCCCCCAAUCAUAUUGUGGUGGGGUCACGAAUCUCUAACAAGCUGCAUCCUAACAACAUCGUCGAUGCCCAAUUCUCCGCAUAUUUUCAACUGGCCCAUGCUUGGCUCUAUGGGCCUGAAACCGGGGUUGAGUUUGCGAAACGGCUCAAGGAUGAGCCCAUUCGGAUCUUGUCAGACAACAUAGAAUGCAUCAUCGAUGACACGGUGAAGGCAAUGGGUAGUAAGCUGCACAUUGAGUACGCAGAUGGGGAGAGCCAUGAUGUCGACAUACCUUUCCCCUUGGGCGAGCCAGAGCACCCUUUCAACCGAGACCAGGCGGAGGCCAAGUAG